GAAUAAUGGCUAGGUGUUUUAGGUAUUUUUGGUGAGUGUAUAUAUACUCCAAGUUGAAGCUCCCCGUUCCUGGUGGAGAACGCCCAGAAACGUCCAUAUUUACCUUCCAAGCUUCAAAAACCCCGCGUAAUUGGAUCAAGGAAAGAGCUUAGCUGUCAAGCAGUCACACAACACAUACCUUACUUAUUUAUUUCUUCCUCUUCAAUCCCUUGUAUAAGCUUUUCAUCCCUUACAUCUCCAUCUCUUCCUCCUCUUCCUCAACUUCAAUCCGACUCAUCCUUAUCUUAUCAUCAUGAAGCUCGCCGUAUUCAGCACAAAACCCUACGAUAAAAAGUACUUGUCGUCAGUCCUCGGCGCCAAGCACGCAGAGUCUGGCAUCGAGCUCAUCUUUCACGAAUUCGCUCUUAACGAAGAUACCGUUUCCCUCGUCGAGGGAGCCGAUGCCAUUUGCGUCUUCGUGAACGAUGUCGUCAACGACAAUGUCAUCUCCGCCCUGUCAGAAUUUGGCGUAAAGGCUAUUUUGCUGCGAUGUGCAGGCUUCAACAAUGUUGACCUCGAUGCCGCCCAGCGUCUCCGCAUAAUGGUCGCCAAUGUCCCCUCUUACUCUCCCGAGGCUGUUGCCGAGUUUGCUGUUGCUCUGAUUCAGACCCUCAACCGAAAGACCCAUCGCGCUUACAACCGUGUUCGUGAGGGUAACUUUGCUCUCGAUGGCCUUCUCGGAAAGACCCUCCAUGGCAAGACUGUCGGAAUUGUCGGUGUUGGCAAAAUCGGCCUUGCUACUGCACGCAUCAUGAAGGGUUUCGGCUGCAGACUCCUUGCAUAUGAUCCCUUCCCUUCGCCAGCUUUUGAGGAGUAUGGCGAGUACAAAUCUCUCGAAGACCUUCUGCCCCAGUGCGAUAUUGUUAGUCUUCAUUGCCCUCUCAUGGAGCAAACACGGCACAUUAUCAACCGCAACACUCUUUCUCUGAUGAAAGAGGGCGCUAUGCUAGUCAAUACCUCUCGAGGUGGCCUGCUCGACACCGAAUCUGUCAUUCAUGCCCUCAAGACAAACCAUAUCGGUGGCCUUGCACUUGAUGUGUACGAGGCUGAAGGCGAACUCUUCUACAACGACCACUCGUCGACAAUCAUUCAAGAUGAUAAGCUCAUGCGUCUCAUGACGUUCCCCAAUGUGGUUGUUUGUGGUCAUCAAGCCUUCUUCACCGAGGAGGCUCUCACCGAGAUUGCCGAGUGCACCCUCAGCAAUCUUGAGGAGUGGAUAGAGACCAAGACAAGCAAGAACUCUCUCACCAAGGACCUCAAGUUGCGACGCCGUGAAUCACUACCCGUCCGCGCCAUCUAAAGGGGUCCCAUUCUUUACUUUUCUGUUCUGUUCUUUGUUUUCGCGGCGUUUAGGAGAGGGAGAGUCGAUGAUCCACUGGAGAUAACAACCCUUUGCUCCUAUCCUUGUUUGGGCAAAAGUUCACACCUCUAGUGGGAUGCUAUCACGGCCGAGCCGGGAACUAGAAGGAGAUGAGGAGCGAUCCCUGCUGCCAUGUUCAUCACCAAGUGGGCCCUGUCAAUGAAAGCUCUGAUGCGACCCAUUUCAUCGCCGAACAGUACCGAUGAAGAAUAAGCUUGCAUAAACGCCUUCCGACCCCUUGAAAACCUAGUUUCUGUGUGCCAUGAUAGUGAUUCAAGCAUCGCGUCUGUUUCUUCGUUUUCGUUCCGUUUUCGUCCGGUUUCGGUGGUGAAAAGAAAUGUUCUUGGAUGUCAGCAAAGUCUCGUUUAUCAGGCUUGGAUACUUCUCGCAGACACAUGAAAGAGGCACUGAUUGAUGGUUCAGUGUGUUGAUUAAAAUGACAUUAAAUUCAAGGGUAUUAUGCUAAAUAUCCAAGUCCCCUCUAAAUAAUUUUCCGCGCAUAUUAUCCCUAUAUGCAAGUCCUGUCCAGGCAUUAAAGUCCAACCUCCUUGUGCCAUCCCAAGUCUAAGUCUAAUUCCCAGUCUAUUUUGUUGUGAAAAUGUCCAAGGGACAAGUUGGAGAGCCAAUCUAGUGCAAUUGGCUUAAGGGUUGCUCACGUAGCUGCGAGCACGGCGAAGAUCCUCAUCCUCAGAGUCAUCACGGACUUGAGCGCCGCCAUGAGUGUUACCACGGCCCUUGGCCUUCUCAAUAUCGUCGACAGUCUCGUCAUCACCAGCGUAGGCGUACUUGCUACGCCCACGGAUCUUAGCACCGUACUUCCAGAACAGGAAGGGAAUGGCACAGCAAGCAAGACUGAGGAAAGCAAGGAGUGUUGAGGCCCAUUGAUCGUUAAGACGCUCAUACAUCUGCUCAGUGAAGAGAACAACUGCAGCGCCCCAGAAGCUUCGGAUGCAAGUCUUUGCAGCGAGAGCGGAAGCAGCUUGAUGCUGAUAAGAGUCGACAAGGUAGUUGUUGGCAGAGUUGUAAAGGAAGAUAAAGCCAAAGCCGACAGGGAAACCACCCAUAGCAGGGCCGGCCCAAGAAAGCUCCUUGUA